AACAUUUGAUGACGUUUUACACAAGCACAUUUCCUCAUGGUUGAGAAAUAGUCUUGCACCAUCAGUAGAUUGGCAAUAUAAAGAUAACUCAUAGCGAAAGUAUACCACCAAAUAAAACUUCAAGAUGGCUGUACGUGCCCAGUUCGAGGGGAACAACGAAAUUGGUGUAUUUUCAAAGCUUACAAACAAUUAUUGUCUUGUUGCCAUCGGAGGGUCAGAGAACUUCUACAGUGUGUUUGAAGGAGAAUUGGCAGACACAAUCCCUGUCGUUCAUGCCAGUAUUGCCGGAUGCCGAAUUAUUGGAAGAAUGUGUGUCGGAAACCGUCAUGGUCUCUUAGUUCCAAACACAACAACAGAUCAAGAACUUCAGCACAUACGUAAUGCCCUUCCUGAUACUGUCAAAAUCUACAGAGCUGAGGAAAAAUUGUCUGCAUUGGGAAAUGUUAUUGCAUGCAAUGACUAUGUUGCCUUGGUGCACCCAGACCUUGAUCGGGAAACAGAAGAACUCUUGGUGGACACCCUCAAUGUGGAAGUGUUCCGCCACACUGUCGCCAGCAAUGUUUUAGUUGGCAGCUAUACAGCUUUCAGCAAUCAGGGAGGCAUGGUUCCUCCUAAAACCUCAGUCGAAGACCUUGACGAGUUGUCAUCCUUAUUACAAGUUCCUCUUGUGGCAGGUACUGUGAACCGUGGCAGUGAUGUGCUGGCUGCGGGCCUGGUGGUUAAUGAUUGGAUGGCUGUCUGCGGACAAGACACAACCUCCACUGAGGUCUCCGUGAUCGAGAGUGUCUUCAAGCUCAGCGACAGAGAACCGUCACAGAUACAGACACAAAUGAGAGACUCGCUUGUUGACACGUUAUCAUAAAGAAGCACCAGAGACAUGUAUUGUAUCCUCACUUUUCCCAAACCCUGCUGAUGAUGUGAAAGACUACACAGGCUACUGCAACAAUAUGUACUGGGCUUCAUGCUAAUGAGAAUAGUUCUAUUGAAGCUGUCACUGUAUUUACCAGUAUCUGAUUAGGGCGUAGCUGUAUAUUGGGAUUUGACAACAUUUUCUUUUUAAAAAUGUUGUUCUCCUUUAUGACCAGGUAAUUCUAAAUUAUGUGGUCGUUUUUCUCUACUUUUCAGUGAGGUUUUUUUUUUCUGAAGAAA